AUGUCACUUGCUGCUCUAUUAUGCAUUUCAGCAUUUGUCGGAUUUAUUAGCUAUUAUAUUUACAAUUGGCUCUAUUGGAGAAGACGAGGAAUUGCGGGACCACUCGGUUAUCCAUUUAUUGGGCUAUCAUGGCAAAUGCUUUCGCACCGAUAUUCGCCGUAUGUGAAAUUGGGAGAAUGGACAAAAAAAUACGGAAAGGUUUGGGGAUAUACGGAAGGCGCUUCGAAGGUGCUCGUCAUUUCCGACGCCGAUCUCGUCAAUGAGGUGUUCGUCAAACAAUUCGACAAUUUCUACGGACGAAAAAAGGAUCCGCUGAUCACUGACGUCGAUACCGAUCCGAGAGUUCAUUUGUUCCACGCGGAAGGCGCCCGAUGGAAACGAUUGCGCAAUAUUUCGAGUCCGACGUUUUCGAAUAAUAGUCUGAAAAAGUUGAAAAACACCAUCGAAGAGAGCGCAUUUGAGCUUUUAAGGCAUUUUGAGAAAAAUACGGCAAAUGGAGAGCAAAUUGAUGUUUUGUUGUAUUAUCAAGAGUUCACAUUGGAUGUGAUCGGACGGAUUGCGAUGGGCCAACACACAACGAAAAUGUUCGAGAAUCCGCUAAUCGAAAGUGUCAAAGGGAUAUUCGGAAACGAUCGUUGGCCCAUUAUUCUGCUCGCCGGGACAUUUCCGAUAUUGGCGAAAACGCUCCGAAACAUUUUGCUGACAUUCCCGAAAUUUGUCGGCGGCAAUCCGAUUGUGAAUAUCAUCAACAUUUGCACGAAAGCGGUUGAGGAUCGAAUCCGGCAACGAGAGUUGGAUUUGAAGAAUGGCAUCGAGAAUCAGGAGCCCGCCGAUUUUGUUGAUUUGUUCUUGGAUGCUCGUGCCGACGGCGACCUCGUCCUCCACCAGAAUUCCGAUUUCUCACUUUCAAAUGUGAAGGUGAAUCGUCAACUGACAAAACAGGAAAUUGUUGCCCAAUUGAUGGUCUUCAUGGUGGCUGGAUUUGAUACGACGGCACUUUCCCUCUCAUAUACAUCAUUCUUAUUGGCGACACAUCCGGAGAUUCAGAGGAAAGUUCAAGAAGAAAUGAAUCGAGAAUGCCCUGAUCCGGAAGUCACAUUUGAUCAACUAUCAAAAUUGAAAUAUCUCGAUUGUGUCAUUCGCGAGACAUUACGAUUAUACCCGCUUGGAGAAUUAGCCAACGCGAGACGAUGCAUCAAUUCAACGGAGAUCGGAGGUAUUCCGAUCGAGAGGGGAACUGAGAUUCUCGUCGAUACUUGGACAAUCCAUCACGAUCCGAACAUUUGGGGAGCCGAUGCCGACGAGUUCAAGCCCGAAAGAUGGGAGAAUGGAGACGAGACGUUUCCACGAGGCGCCUAUAUUCCAUUCGGCUACGGACCACGACAAUGCAUUGGAAUGCGAUUGGCUUAUAUGGAAGAACGAUUGUUGCUCACGCAUAUUCUUCGCAAGUACUCGUUCACAACGGGACCAAAAACACAGAAUCCUCUGAAGCUCGUUGGACGAGCCACAAUUCAACCAGAGACCGUAUUUCUGCAUUUGAAUCCACUCGAUUGA